CUACAACUGACUCGUAGUGCAAGUAUUGCUGAAUGCCUCCAGCUGCUGUAUUGCCUUUGGUGGUCUCUACCGACUAUUCUACUCCCAACAAGCAAUUCAGAUUUUUAUCCACUCAAUCCACCAUCGAUCAACGAAAGCAUCCUUCCCAUUUCAUGACUCCAACGAUGGUUGAUUCUCAACCUACAACUGCUGUCACUUCACCAUACCGCACUACGAGUGCAACGAGUUCUGCUGCUGUUGCUCGAUUCGCUCAAAGAGCCCGUACUAGCCAUCCGUCAAAUGAUAUCAUGCCCGGUUUUGAAGAAAAGUUGCAACGAAAUCAUAUCAAGUUGAAUCCUGGAUUUGUAUUGCAGGAUGGAUUUGCAUUCAUGGCUUAUGGCGCACAGGCCAUUGCUCAAGACGAGUUUUCAAAGUGUUUUGCUCAAAAGCCUCGGAAUUCAUUUGGCUCUCUUUUCAUUAAUGGCCCAAUCUCACUGUUGGAUGGCUUCAUCCGUUACUUUAUUUUAUUUCCAUUGAGGGUGAUGUUGAUGUUGACCGCAUCAGCAUUGUUUUUUAUGGCUUUACCCAUUGUGCUUUAUCUCAACGAUGAGCUAUGGCAGCGCAGAUUAUUCAAAUACUAUUGUAAAGCCUUUGUGGCAUCAUGGGGCGGACGUAUCCGAUACCAUGGCACAAAACCUCGACUUACCGAGCCUCAUAUUUUUGUGUCGAACCAUACGUCUGUCAUUGACUAUGUCAUUUUAAGCGCAAAUGAAUUUCCUCAUGCCACUGUGGCUCAAAAACACGGUGGACUAAUUGGUUACUUUGAGCAUUCUGUUUUGACCCUAAAUGGAUCUCUCAUGUUCAACCGGAAUGAAAAGAAUGAUCGAUCCGUUCUUGCUCGCAAAAUGCGCGAGCACGUUGCCAAUCCAGAAAAUGUUCCACUGCUAAUCUUUCCAGAGGGAACCUGUGUCAACAAUGAAUAUACUGUACUAUUCCACAAGGGUGCAUUUGAAUUAAAUGCUGCUAUUGUUCCUGUAGCCAUCAAAUACAACAAGCAUUGGGCAGAUGCGUAUUGGCAUUCAAAAACACAGUCCUUUACAUAUCAUCUACUUUACCUUAUGACUCGGUGGGCCCUGGUUGCUGAUGUGUGGUACUUGGAACCUCGGUGUUUGCGUGAAGGUCAGACUGCCGUGGAAUUUUCAAACGAAGUCAAGGCUGAAAUUUCAUCUGUUGCAAAGUUGAAGAAUUUGUCAUGGGAUGGAUAUUUCAAGAAUUAUGCACCGCCAGUGGAGAAAAGAGCACAAUUGAAACAAAAUUCGCAAACUCGAUACGGAGCAGUACUUCGUAAACGAUUGAAUGGUAACCAUGGACAUGGGCAUACAAGACGGUCAUCAUAUAGUUCUCCCAAUUGCGCUUCGCAACAAGACUCUUUUUCAGAAUCAUCACCGUUUGUUCCUGAAAGUCCUUCAUACGAUGGAACCAAUGCAUCUACACUUUCCAAAAACCGAGUUCUUGUAGCAUUGAAUGAUUCUGAUCGUCGACAGGAUAUGAUUGAAGCCAUUGCAGACAAGCACAACAACAUUGUGGACACUUGGAAACAUUUUUCCAAGUUGCGGUCAGAUUCGGAUGAGCUUCGUCGUAUAGAGAAUUCGUCAUGGAGAAUGUGGUUUAAACAACGUAUUGAGCAAAAGAAACUCAAACAGCAGCAACUAGAACACGCGCAUGAGGAGCAGCAGCUAUUACAGUCACGACUUGCACGACAGCUUUGGACAUCUAGCGAAUCAUCGAGUAUGUUGAGCAUAGUAUCUUCCUAUCUUUCAACCUCUGGUAGUUUGUUUGGUGACGGGACGAAUGGGGAAGGAGUAGUGCGUCGUGCACGUAGCUUUGGAUCUGCCAUGUCAGCACUUGGUGGGAUGACAUCUAUGAAUUAUAAAAUGGACUCGUCCAAACAUGCAGGAUCAGCAAUACAUUUACACCAGAGUAAGAGUCAGGAAGGGUCACGACUGCAUUCCCAGCAACGAAAACCUGCUAGUUUCCAGCUCUCAGAUGAUGAUGAUGAAUCAUGGGACGAUUAAAUCAUUCAAGCAUGGAUCAAAGUUUUAGUAUCGUAUUGACGUAAAAUGGAGCAUUUUCUGUAUUCAUCUUUCAGAUUUUGUCUAUUUUUCCUUGGAAUAAACAAUGGUCAACUCUUUACUAUUUUUCUAUU